GGUGGGGCGAGCCCGCUGUCUUUUCAGUCGGGCGCUGAGGGGGAAUUUGGACAUGUCUGGUGGCUCCGCGGAUUACAACAGAGAACAUGGCGGCCCUGAGGGAAUGGACCCCGAUGGUGUCAUUGAGAGCAACUGGAAUGAGAUUGUUGAUAACUUUGAUGAUAUGAACUUAAAGGAGUCUCUUCUGCGGGGUAUCUAUGCUUACGGUUUUGAGAAGCCUUCAGCUAUUCAGCAGAGAGCUAUUAUUCCUUGUAUUAAAGGAUAUGAUGUGAUUGCUCAAGCUCAGUCAGGUACUGGCAAGACAGCCACAUUUGCUAUUUCCAUCCUGCAACAGUUGGAGAUUGAGUUCAAGGAGACCCAAGCACUAGUAUUGGCCCCCACCAGAGAACUGGCUCAACAGAUCCAGAAGGUAAUUCUGGCACUUGGAGACUAUAUGGGAGCAACUUGCCAUGCCUGCAUUGGUGGAACCAAUGUUCGAAAUGAAAUGCAAAAGCUGCAGGCUGAAGCACCACACAUUGUUGUUGGUACUCCAGGGAGAGUCUUUGAUAUGCUAAACAGGCGAUAUCUUUCUCCAAAAUGGAUCAAAAUGUUUGUUUUGGAUGAAGCAGAUGAAAUGUUGAGCCGAGGGUUUAAGGAUCAAAUCUAUGAGAUUUUUCAAAAAUUAAAUACAAGUAUUCAGGUUGUGUUGCUAUCUGCCACAAUGCCAACUGAUGUGUUGGAAGUAACUAAAAAAUUCAUGAGGGAUCCAAUUCGAAUUCUGGUGAAGAAGGAAGAAUUAACCCUUGAAGGAAUCAAACAGUUUUAUAUUAAUGUUGAAAGAGAGGAGUGGAAGUUGGAUACACUUUGUGACUUGUAUGAGACACUGACGAUUACACAGGCUGUUAUCUUUCUCAACACAAGACGCAAGGUGGACUGGCUGACUGAGAAAAUGCAUGCUAGGGACUUCACAGUUUCUGCGCUGCAUGGUGACAUGGACCAGAAGGAGAGAGAUGUGAUCAUGCGGGAAUUCCGAUCAGGGUCAAGCCGUGUUCUCAUAACUACCGACUUGUUGGCUCGUGGGAUUGAUGUACAACAAGUGUCUUUGGUUAUAAACUAUGAUCUACCUACCAAUCGUGAAAACUAUAUUCACAGAAUUGGCAGAGGGGGUCGAUUUGGGAGAAAAGGUGUGGCUAUAAACUUUGUUACUGAAGAAGACAAGCGGAUUCUUCGUGACAUUGAGACUUUCUACAAUACUACAGUGGAGGAGAUGCCCAUGAACGUGGCUGACCUUAUUUAAUUCUUGGGAUGAGAUGGUUCCGAAUGCCGUGCUCGCUGUUGUUGAAUAGGCGAGAUCACAACGUGCAUUGUGCUGCUUUCUUUGGGAAUUUCUGAAUCUUGUCUCAAUGCUCAUAACGGAUCAGAAUUACAGAUUUUGAUAGCAAAGCGACAUUAGUCGUGAGCUCUUGUGAGGAAAGUCACUGGCUUCAUCCUCCUUAGAGUAGACUGUUGGGGUGGGUAUAAAAGAUGGGGUCUGUAAAAUCUUUUUUUCUUAGAAAUUUCUUUCCUAGUUAUGUAGAAAUGGUUGUAUUAGAUGUUCUCUAUCAUUUAAUAAUAUACUUGUGGACUAAAAGAUAUAAGUGCUGUAUUAAAUCAGCCAAUUAUGUCAAACUAGCAUAUCUGCCUUUAUUGUGUUUGCCAUUAGCCUGGAUAGAAGGGCCUUUAAGACUGAUUUUUUUUUUUUUUUUUUUUAAGAAAGCAUUUGAAUGCAUUUUGUUUGGUAUUUAUUCAAUAAAGUAUUUAAUUAGUGUUAAGUGUGAACUGGACCCUGUUGCUAAGCCCCAGCAAGCGAUCAUAUCCUAGGUAGGGUUAAACCCCCAGUAAAAUUGCCAUAUUGCACAUGUCUUAAUGAAGUUUGAAUGUUGAAUAAAUUGUAUAUUCACUUAAAA